GGCGGCACGCGAGGAGUUGGUGUCCAUGGAGGAGCAGGACGCCAGGGUCCCGGCCCUGGAACCGUUCAGGGUGGAACAGGCGCCAUCUCUAAUCUACUAUGUCCCCGAUUUCAUCUCCAAGGAAGAGGAGGAGUACUUGCUUCGACAGGUUUUCAAUGCCCCAAAGCCAAAGUGGACCCAGCUGUCUGGGAGGAAGCUACAGAACUGGGGCGGGCUCCCCCACCCCCGGGGGAUGGUCCCUGAGCGACUGCCUCCGUGGCUUCAGCGCUACGUGGACAAAGUGUCUGACCUCAGCCUCUUUGGGGGUCUCCCAGCCAACCAUGUCCUUGUGAACCAGUAUCUGCCUGGGGAGGGCAUCAUGCCUCAUGAAGACGGACCGCUGUACUACCCGACCGUCAGCACCAUCAGCCUGGGCUCCCACACCGUCCUCGAUUUCUAUGAACCUCGGCAGCCGGAGGAUGACGUCCCUACAGAACAGCCCCGGCCACCCCCACAGCCCAUCACCUCGCUGCUGGUGGAGCGGCGCAGCCUGCUGGUGCUCCGGGGCCCAGCGUACACACGCCUGCUGCACGGCAUCGCGCCCACCCGCGUGGAUGAGCUGGAUGCCACCUCGCCGCCGCCCAACGCUGCCGCCUGCCCGUCUGCGCUGCCCGGAGCCCGGCUGGAGCGCGGCACCCGCGUCUCCCUGACCAUUCGCCGCGUGCCACGAGUGCUGCGCGCCGGCCUCCUGCUGAGCAAAUGACCGCCAGGCUCCAAACUCUGUGACCUUGGAACCCUAGGGCAGGGGCGGCUGUCCAGGGUUAUUUAUUUUCCCGGUUACUGUGGAAACCCUAGAGAAGACGCCAUUCCAAAUAAACCGAAAAUACCUUUG